UACGCAGUAAGUACACACUAAAAGAAUUCCUACGCCAAAUCACAGAAUUAUCAAAAAUGUGGCCGGUACUCCUAUUAGUUUUUACAUUAUACGGAAUAAAUUGUGAACCAGAAACAGUGAGGGAUAAUUUUGACUACUUUAGCUAUGGAAACGAAGAUAACUUUUUGAAAAAUCUCAAUCUUCAUCUGCCUCAGCCAAAAGACGAAAUUGUGUUACGACCGCAGGAAGUAAAGGAUUGGCCCCAGCAGUCUCUGAAUGUAGGGCAAAUAACUGCCGUCUCAAUAAAUUCUUUGGGACAGCCUGUAAUUUUCCACCGGGCCGAAAGGGUGUGGGACGAAAGUACAUUUAAUGAAUCCAAUGUAUACCAAAAUCUCGAUAAAGGACCGAUUAUCGAGGAUACCAUACUUGUACUAGAUCCUCAAACGGGAUCAGUGCUUCAUAGUUGGGGAGGCAAUGCAUUUUAUAUGCCCCAUGGACUAACUGUUGAUCAUCAUGACAACGUUUGGGUUACCGAUGUGGCAAAGCAUCAAGUUUUUAAGUAUACACCGAAGAACCAUAAGUACCCCACCCUGACUAUCGGAGAAGCGUUCACAGCUGGAUAUCCCUACAGACACCGUGUUUUACUUUGCAUGCCAACAUCAGUAGCAGUUGCAACGACAGGAGAAAUCUUUGUCGCUGAUGGCUACUGCAAUAAUCAGAUUUUGAAAUUCAACGCUGCUGGAACACUACUGUUUGCCAUUCCAUCGUUUUCUGACACGCUCACGUUGAAUGUUCCACACAGUGUCACACUGUUGGAACAUUUGGACAUCGUCUGUGUCGCGGAUAGAGAGAACAUGCGGAUUGUUUGCCCUAAAGCUGGAUUGAAGAGUUCUAUCAAAAUGUUGGAGCCAGCAACUGUUAUUGAGGAUCCGACGCUAGGGCGCGUUUUCGCAGUGGCUUCACAUGGAGACAUCAUCUAUGCAGUCAACGGUCCCACCUAUCAGAAUAUCGCAGUGCGAGGAUUUACCGUAAACGCUGUAUAUGGAAAUAUUUUGGACACUUGGGACCCAGCUACAGGUUUCACAAAUCCUCACUCGUUGGCAGUAACGAGAAACGGAUCCCACCUCUACGUAACGGAAAUAGGACCAAACAAAAUAUGGAAAUUCGAACUAACUGAUGUCUAUGACAAGAAGUAGAAUAUUGAAAUGCACUUCGCUGUAGGCUUCAUUUAAAAAAAUAGUUACCGCUUUAUAAUGGCGCGAAUAUGAUUCGCAAUAUAAACAUUUAGAUGAUAUCUAUUAAAAAUAUUACCAUCUACAUAUUUCUGAAUGAAUAAUAUCAUGGGGGCAAUUUCAAAAUGAAUUUGAAAUAUUAAAAUUCAUUAAUAUUAUCAUAUGUCUAACUUUUAUAUUUUAUUUCAUCGUCUUCAACGUGUAUCUGGAGUCAGGCCUACUCUAUCUUAGGAUAAAGCGAUUUACCGUUUAGUCCUAAUCCUGAGCCUUCAAAUACAUUGCGUAAAGCAGUAGGUAUUAUUUAAAUAUUAUUCCAAAAUUUAAAUCCUUAUUUCGGGGUUUAGCGCCCUGUAGAACAGUGUACUCUUUAAAUUGGUCAAAUUUUAUUGGUAGGCACAUAAGAACCUGUCGUAUUUUCUUUAUGAACAUAGCAUAGCCUAGCCAUUUUUAACUUUGAGGUUAAAUGCGUUUUGAAAUUAAUCCCCAAGAUAAAUUUAAAUACGUAAAAAAUAAAACGAAAAUAAAUUUAAUAUUCUAAUAGUAUACCUAUUGUUAAAUGAGUUAAUCAAAAGGUUCAUAGUAAAAUUAUAUUAUACUAUAAUAAGAAUUUAAUAAAAAUACGAUAAUAUAUUUAUUUUUUCACGCUGGUGCUUCUUUAGUUGUGGUACCUUAUUAGUUAUUAUUGUAACUUUAAAUUUAUAUAUUCACUUCCGAAAUGGAAUUAAGUGUUAGUUGAAGUAUUUAAAACAGACUAUAAAGUCUUAGCAUCCUUAUUCACAAACAUCACUAUGAAGUCUCACAGGCUUUCUUAACCGAAAAAUUGUCAUGUUUGUUAAUACGAGUGUAGAAAAGUAUAAGUAGAUACAAUUUUAAUAUAUUGAGAAAUGUAGAGUAAAGGCCUUCGCUCAUUUAUUCACUCAACACCGUUCCAACGCCAGUUUAAACUCAGGUUUACAAUUCAUAGUCAGACGAUCGACUCUGCGUCUGUCGACCACGAGUCGUCAAUGAGUGGACAAUGUGUCAGCCAGUCUACACGCCAGUCUAGGCUCGGCAUGAACCAUCACUCGUACUUCAUCUCAUAGAGCUUUUUGUGGUAAAGCUUGUUCGGGGAAAUACUACUGCAAAGCAGAAUUGCUGUGUUCCGUGUUGCCGGUGUGAUUACAGUCAUAUGAGGCUUCACAUCUACACCUCAUUUGGAUGGACACAGGGCACCAUUUUGUGCGGCGAGUUCCGCACGAUGACGAUGGAUUUCAACACACCGGCAGGUUCCCCCUCUUCUGUUUCCGGCUAUUAUAACUAAAAAAAAGAGUUAGCAAAUCGUUGUUGACCAUUAGUAUGCAAGCUGUAGUUCAGAAGUCUACCUACUACUAUUUUCACGGUCUUUAUAACAACUUACUUUAUGCGUUGCGACAUAAAGUUCUUUUAAAUGCUUCAAUUACAAAGGGGUUGGUGCCGAGUCGGUGUAGAUUCGAUAUAGUAUGCGAAGGCCUUAACUAUUCAAAAUCAAAAUAUUAAUGAAAUUCACCUCCACAAUCGUACCCUUAAUAUUUUAGGCAUUGUGUAAAAGUAAAGAAUAAUAUUGUAUUAUGAAAACAAGUAGGGCCAAUAAAAUCACGCACAUAAGAAAAAUUAUUAACAUAUUCUAAUAUAUACGUAGUAGAUUUGAAAGUAUUUAACGUUUGGUAGGUCUGCAAUUUAAAAGACAUCUUAGAUGAUAUACAAUAUGACAAUAUUAGUCAUUACUAUUGCAUAUAAUUAUUUAUUAUAACCGAGUAAAAUAUAUAAUAUGAUGUUUAUUAACCUAAAAAAUAGCUUGAUAAUAUAUGUAGACAUAGAAGGUAUGGGCUUUUUGGAGCAUGAACAUCCUUCGCAGAUUACUGAAUAUACCAUUGUUGGGAAAAGACCUACUCUCUCAUGGGAUAGAGAGAUUGAGAGCAUAGAUGCUCCACGUUGCUCCAAAACUGGUUGCCAGGCUACUUUAAAUAAAAUCAGUGGUAUUUC